UAUGGCUACCCACAGUAUGCACCUGGGACUUACCAAAGCACUGGGAGCUAUGGAUUCCAGGUACAGGCCACGGGAGUCCCACCUGGAUUUGCUGUUCCACCCAUCCAGAACCAGCCCAUUGCACAGGGGGGAGCAAUCUGGAUGCCUAUCCCUCCUGCUGUUCCCAACUGCCCUCCUGGACUGGAAUACCUCACACAGAUUGACCAGAUAUUAAUUCAUCAGCAAACUGAACUUCUUGAGAUUUUGAUUGGCUUUGAAACAAACAACAAAUAUGAAAUCAAGAAUUCGUUGGGGCAAAGGGUGUACUUUGCAGCAGAGGACACAGACUGUUGUACCCGGAAUUGCUGUGGGCCAUCACGACCCUUCACCCUACGGAUUAUAGACAACCUGGGCCACGAGGUGAUAACACUACAGAGACCCCUCCGCUGUUCUUCAUGCUGCUUUCCCUGCUGCUUACAGGAGCUGGAAGUUCAGGCACCUCCAGGAACACCAGUUGGUUACAUUGUUCAGAACUGGCAUCCCUGCCUGCCAAAGUUUACCAUUCAAGAUGAGAAAAGAAUGGAUGUACUGAAAAUUACUGGCCCAUGUGUUGUUUGCAGCUGUUGUCAGGACAUUAAUUUUGAGGUGAAGUCUGUGGAUGAGACUUCUACUGUUGGGAGGAUUUCUAAGCAGUGGACUGGGUUUUUGAAAGAGGCCUUUACAGAUGCAGAUAACUUUGGAGUCACUUUCCCACUAGACCUUGAUGUAAAAAUAAAAGCUGUCAUGAUCGGUGCUUGCUUCCUUAUCGACUUCAUGUUUUUUGAGCAUGCUGGUGAUAAGCAACAGCGGACAGGAGUUUGGCAAUGA